ACACAUCGGAAGAAAAUCGAAGCCAUUGCCAGCCAUUGUUGGUUAUUGCGUUUUUCGACAAAGUUAAGAUAUGUGAAAAGUAUAAAGCGUUGUCGUAAAAGCAGAAGUGAAUUAAUUAUAAGCGACAAUUAUGUCGUGGUAGUAGAAUGGAAUAGGAAUUGUUUGACGAACAUUGUGAAAAAGGUUAAGAAACAUUUGUAGUCAUGUCUCUUCCACCGUAUUUGCUGGGCCCCAAUCCAUGGGCUACAAUGAUGGCCCAGCAACAAGCCCAGAUAGCAGCCGCCCAAGCGCAUGCACAGGCUGCAGCUCAUGCUCAAGCAGCACAUCAUGCUCAUAUGCAGGCUAUAACUGGGCCACCAUUGCCUCAAGUGCCUAAACAACCGGAAGUCUUGUCUGAAGAUAAACUUCAAGAAAAGGCACAAAAAUGGCAGCAGUUACAAUCAAAACGGUUUGCAGAGAAGAGGAAAUUUGGCUUUGUAGAUGCUCAGAAGGAGGAUAUGCCAGCCGAACACAUAAGAAAGAUUAUCAGAGAUCACGGUGAUAUGAGCAGUAGAAAAUACCGACACGACAAGCGUGUUUAUUUGGGGGCACUGAAGUACAUGCCACACGCUGUUAUGAAACUGUUAGAAAAUAUGCCUAUGCCAUGGGAACAAAUAAGGGAUGUAAAAGUCUUAUAUCACAUUACGGGAGCCAUUACAUUUGUGAAUGAAAUACCUUGGGUUAUAGAACCUGUAUACAUUGCGCAAUGGGGUACUAUGUGGAUUAUGAUGAGAAGGGAAAAAAGGGAUCGUAGACAUUUCAAGAGAAUGAGAUUUCCGCCCUUUGAUGACGAAGAACCUCCUUUGGAUUACGCUGAUAACGUUUUGGAUGUUGAACCUUUAGAGGCCAUACAAAUUGAACUCGAUUCGGAAGAAGACGAAUCUGUCGCUUCAUGGUUUUAUGAACACAAACCGUUAGUCGGAACAAAACACGUUAAUGGAUCUACAUAUCGGAAAUGGAAUCUGACACUACCACAAAUGGCUACUUUGUACCGCUUGGCUAAUCAGUUGUUGACUGACUUGGUAGAUCAAAAUUUUUUUUAUCUAUUUGACCCUAAGUCAUUUUUCACUGCAAAAGCUUUGAAUAUGGCUAUUCCUGGAGGACCGAAAUUUGAACCGCUAGUAAAGGACUCGAAUGCCGCUGAUGAAGAUUGGAACGAGUUUAAUGACAUAAAUAAAAUCAUCAUUAGGCAGCCUAUCAGAACAGAAUACAGGAUUGCCUUUCCUUAUCUGUACAAUAAUAUGCCUCACUUUGUGCAUCUUUCAUGGUAUCAUGCACCAAAUGUUGUGUAUAUAAAAACUGAAGAUCCAGAUUUACCUGCGUUCUACUUCGAUCCAUUAAUCAAUCCAAUCUCUCAUCGAAAUUCUUUAAAGACAAUAGAGCCACAAAUUGAAGACGACGAAGACUUUGUUCUACCUGGCGAUGUGCAACCGUUUCUUCAAGAGAUACCUCUCUAUACUGAUAACACAGCGAAUGGAAUAGCUCUUUUAUGGGCGCCAAGACCGUUUAACACGCGUUCCGGCAGAACGAGGAGGGCCAUCGACAUUCCGUUGGUCAAGUCGUGGUAUAGAGAACACUGUCCACCCGGUCAACCCGUGAAAGUACGAGUCAGUUAUCAGAAACUGCUGAAAUAUUUCGUACUGAACGCUUUGAAACACAGGCCGCCGAAGCCGCAGAAGAAACGAUACCUAUUCCGCUCCUUCAAGUCGACCAAAUUUUUCCAAACGACAACGAUAGAUUGGGUGGAAGCCGGUCUACAGGUGUGCCGUCAGGGAUACAACAUGUUAAAUCUACUUAUACAUCGAAAAAAUCUCAAUUAUCUUCACCUGGAUUACAACUUCAAUUUGAAGCCCGUCAAGACGCUCACGACGAAAGAGAGAAAGAAGUCGCGUUUCGGUAACGCCUUUCAUCUAUGUCGAGAGAUUCUUCGCUUAACUAAACUCAUUAUCGAUUCCCACGUUCAGUAUCGGCUCAACAACGUGGACGCUUUCCAACUCGCCGACGGACUGCAGUACAUUUUCGCGCAUGUUGGCCAAUUGACCGGAAUGUAUCGAUACAAGUACAAAUUGAUGCGGCAAAUUAGGAUGUGCAAGGACUUGAAGCAUCUGAUUUAUUAUCGUUUCAAUACUGGACCGGUCGGUAAAGGCCCUGGUUGCGGAUUCUGGGCGCCCGGUUGGCGCGUUUGGCUGUUCUUUAUGAGAGGCAUCACUCCAUUGCUGGAAAGAUGGCUGGGUAAUUUACUAUCGAGACAAUUCGAAGGUCGUCAUUCGAAAGGUGUAGCAAAGACAGUAACAAAGCAGCGAGUUGAGUCGCACUUUGAUCUAGAAUUACGAGCGUCUGUGAUGCACGAUAUAGUGGACAUGAUGCCCGAAGGAAUAAAACAAAACAAAGCGCGGACGAUUCUUCAACAUCUGAGCGAGGCGUGGCGCUGUUGGAAGGCGAAUAUCCCGUGGAAGGUGCCGGGUCUGCCAAUUCCGAUCGAGAACAUGAUAUUGCGUUACGUCAAGAUGAAGGCUGACUGGUGGACGAAUACGGCUCAUUACAAUCGAGAGAGAAUACGGCGUGGGGCAACGGUAGACAAGACUGUGUGCAAGAAGAAUCUUGGUCGCUUAACGCGCCUUUAUCUGAAGGCCGAACAGGAGAGACAGCAUAAUUAUUUAAAAGACGGCCCGUACAUAUCGCCGGAGGAAGCCGUAGCCAUAUUUACCACGUCGGUGCAUUGGCUGGAGUCUCGAAGAUUCGCGCCAAUACCGUUCCCUCCAUUGUCGUACAAACAUGACACGAAGCUGUUGAUAUUAGCUUUGGAACGCUUGAAAGAGGCGUACAGCGUUAAAUCUAGGUUAAAUCAAAGUCAACGUGAAGAAUUAGGAUUGAUAGAACAGGCGUAUGAUAAUCCGCACGAGGCGUUAUCCAGAAUCAAACGACAUCUGCUCACGCAGAGAGCCUUCAAGGAAGUCGGCAUCGAGUUCAUGGAUCUUUACAGUCACUUGAUUCCCGUGUACGACGUGGAGCCGCUCGAGAAGAUUACGGAUGCCUAUUUAGACCAGUAUCUGUGGUACGAAGCUGACAAAAGGCGAUUGUUCCCACCUUGGGUGAAGCCGGCCGACACAGAACCGCCGCCGUUACUCGUCUACAAAUGGUGUCAAGGUAUUAACAAUCUGCAGGACGUGUGGGACGUGAGCGAGGGCGAAUGCAACGUACUGCUGGAAUCGAAAUUCGAGAAGCUGUACGAGAAGAUCGAUCUCACGCUGCUCAACAGACUGCUGCGCCUGAUAGUUGAUCACAAUAUCGCCGAUUACAUGACGGCGAAGAACAACGUUGUCAUUAAUUAUAAGGAUAUGAAUCACACCAACAGUUAUGGCAUUAUCAGGGGACUGCAAUUCGCAUCUUUCAUCGCCCAGUAUUACGGAUUGGUGUUGGACUUGCUGGUGUUGGGUCUUCAGCGAGCCAGCGAGAUGGCCGGCCCGCCGCAAAUGCCGAAUGAUUUCUUAACGUUCCAGGACGUCGCUUCCGAGAUAGCGCAUCCUAUUCGAUUGUACUGCCGCUACGUCGACAGGAUACAUCUGUUCUUGCGCUUCUCCGCCGACGAAGCGAGAGAUCUCAUCCAGCGUUAUCUCACCGAACAUCCCGAUCCGAACAACGAGAAUAUCGUUGGCUACAACAAUAAGAAGUGCUGGCCGCGGGACGCCCGUAUGAGACUGAUGAAGCACGACGUGAACCUGGGUCGCGCCGUUUUCUGGGACAUCAAGAAUCGGCUGCCGCGUUCAACCACCACUAUCCAAUGGGAGAACAGCUUCGUCAGCGUCUACAGCAAGGACAAUCCCAAUUUGUUAUUCAACAUGAGCGGGUUUGAAUGUAGAAUCUUGCCUAAGUGCAGAACGACUCACGAAGAAUUCACGCAUCGGGACGGUGUCUGGAAUCUCCAGAACGAGAUCACGAAAGAGAGAACAGCGCAGUGCUUCUUGCGCGUCGACGACGAGAGCCUGCAGCGCUUCCACAAUCGAGUCAGGCAGAUUCUCAUGGCCUCGGGCUCGACUACAUUCACGAAAAUUGUCAAUAAAUGGAACACCGCGCUGAUAGGUUUGAUGACUUACUUCAGGGAAGCCGUGGUGAACACGCAAGAGUUGCUGGAUUUGUUGGUCAAAUGCGAGAACAAAAUACAGACGCGUAUCAAGAUCGGAUUGAACUCCAAGAUGCCGUCGCGUUUUCCGCCCGUCGUAUUUUACACGCCCAAGGAAUUGGGCGGCCUGGGAAUGCUCUCCAUGGGUCACGUGUUAAUACCGCAAUCCGAUUUAAGAUGGUCGAAGCAGACCGACGUCGGGAUCACUCACUUCCGUUCGGGCAUGAGUCACGAUGAGGAUCAGCUGAUUCCAAAUUUGUACCGUUACAUACAGCCCUGGGAGUCGGAAUUUAUCGACUCGCAGCGCGUCUGGGCGGAGUACGCUUUGAAGCGACAGGAAGCCAAUGCUCAGAAUCGCAGACUCACUCUGGAGGAUCUCGAGGACAGCUGGGAUCGCGGUAUCCCCAGAAUAAACACGCUGUUUCAGAAGGACCGGCACACGCUGGCGUACGACAAGGGGUGGCGCAUUCGCACGGAAUUCAAGCAGUAUCAGGUGCUGAAGCAGAAUCCGUUCUGGUGGACUCAUCAGCGUCACGACGGCAAGCUGUGGAACUUGAACAAUUAUCGAACCGACAUGAUCCAGGCGCUCGGCGGCGUCGAAGGCAUCCUCGAGCACACUCUCUUCAAGGGCACUUACUUCCCGACGUGGGAGGGUCUUUUCUGGGAGAAGGCGUCCGGCUUCGAGGAGUCCAUGAAAUACAAAAAGCUAACGAACGCGCAACGCUCCGGACUUAACCAGAUUCCUAAUCGGCGAUUCACUCUCUGGUGGUCGCCCACUAUUAAUCGCGCCAACGUUUACGUUGGUUUCCAGGUGCAACUCGAUUUAACGGGCAUAUUUAUGCACGGCAAAAUACCGACCCUGAAGAUCUCGCUGAUCCAGAUAUUCCGCGCUCACUUGUGGCAGAAGGUACACGAAUCCAUUGUGAUGGAUCUCUGUCAGGUAUUCGAUCAGGAAUUGGACGCGCUUGAGAUCGAGACCGUGCAGAAGGAGACUAUACAUCCGCGAAAGUCCUACAAAAUGAACUCCUCGUGCGCCGACAUCCUGCUGUUCUCCGCCUACAAAUGGAACGUGUCCCGACCAUCGCUUCUCGCCGAUUCCAAGGACGUGAUGGACAACACGACCACGCAGAAAUAUUGGAUCGACGUACAGUUGCGAUGGGGCGACUACGAUUCGCACGACAUCGAACGGUAUGCUCGCGCCAAGUUCUUAGACUACACUACAGACAACAUGUCGAUCUAUCCGUCGCCCACCGGUCUCUUAAUAGCCAUCGAUCUCGCGUACAACCUGCACAGCGCUUACGGCAAUUGGUUCCCCGGCUGCAAACCGCUCAUACAGCAAGCCAUGGCGAAGAUCAUGAAGGCGAAUCCGGCUCUGUAUGUGUUACGAGAACGUAUUCGUAAAGCUUUGCAACUAUACUCGUCCGAACCCACGGAGCCUUAUCUGUCCUCGCAGAACUACGGCGAGCUCUUCUCCAAUCAGAUCAUAUGGUUCGUCGACGACACGAAUGUGUAUCGCGUGACGAUUCACAAAACUUUCGAGGGUAACUUGACGACGAAGCCGAUCAACGGCGCCAUUUUCAUCUUCAAUCCACGCACGGGACAGCUCUUCCUGAAGAUUAUUCACACUUCCGUCUGGGCCGGUCAGAAGCGUCUCGGCCAACUGGCCAAGUGGAAGACUGCCGAAGAGGUUGCCGCGUUGAUUCGCUCCUUGCCGGUGGAGGAACAGCCGAAGCAAAUCAUCGUCACCAGAAAAGGAAUGUUGGAUCCGUUGGAAGUGCACUUGCUGGACUUCCCUAACAUUGUCAUCAAAGGAUCCGAAUUACAAUUACCGUUCCAGGCGUGUCUCAAGGUAGAGAAGUUUGGUGAUCUGAUUCUGAAGGCGACCGAACCGCAGAUGGUACUGUUUAAUCUUUACGACGACUGGCUGAAGACCAUUUCGUCUUACACCGCGUUCUCGCGGCUAAUUCUGAUCCUGCGCGCUCUACAUGUCAACACCGAGAGAACUAAGGUCGUGCUGAAGCCUGACAAGACCACCAUUACCGAGCCGCAUCACAUAUGGCCGUCGUUAACAGACGACGAGUGGAUCAAGGUGGAGGUGCAGCUGAAAGAUUUAAUUUUGGCGGAUUACGGCAAGAAGAACAACGUCAAUGUCGCGUCGCUUACGCAAUCCGAAAUCCGCGACAUCAUCCUGGGUAUGGAGAUAAGCGCGCCGUCCGCCCAACGUCAACAGAUUGCCGAGAUUGAGAAGCAGACGAAAGAGCAGAGUCAGCUCACCGCCACCACCACGCGAACAGUGAACAAGCACGGUGAUGAGAUCAUCACCGCGACCACGUCCAACUAUGAGACGCAGACAUUCAGCUCGAAGACCGAGUGGCGUGUGCGCGCCAUCUCCGCGACGAAUCUUCAUCUCAGAACGAAUCACAUUUAUGUCUCGUCCGACGACAUCAAGGAGACUGGCUACACUUACAUUCUGCCGAAGAACGUGCUGAAAAAAUUCGUCACAAUCUCCGAUCUGCGUGCGCAGAUCGCCGGUUAUCUGUACGGCAUCAGUCCACCUGACAAUCCUCAGGUGAAAGAAAUCAGGUGCAUUGUAAUGGCGCCGCAAUGGGGAACCCAUCAGACAGUCCACUUACCAAACUCACUUCCUAAUCAUCAGUACUUAAAAGAAAUGGAACCACUGGGAUGGAUACACACACAGCCUAACGAGUUGCCUCAACUGUCACCGCAGGACAUAUCCACUCACGCUCGAGUUAUGGCUGAGAAUUCUAUCUGGGACGGCGAGAAGACUAUCGUUAUCACUUGCAGUUUCACGCCCGGUUCCUGUUCCCUCACGGCGUACAAACUGACUCCAAGUGGCUUCGAAUGGGGCAAGCAGAAUACUGAUAAAGGCAAUAAUCCAAAGGGUUACCUGCCGAGUCACUACGAGAAGGUGCAGAUGCUUCUAUCUGACCGUUUCCUCGGCUUCUUCAUGGUGCCCAGUCAAGGUUCGUGGAACUACAAUUUUAUGGGCGUGAGGCACGAUCCCAACAUGAAGUAUGAACUGCAAUUGGCGAAUCCGAAAGAGUUCUAUCACGAGGUGCACAGGCCAGCGCACUUCCUCAAUUUCUCGAGCUUGGAAGACGGCGACGGUGUUGGAGCUGAUCGGGAAGACAUGUUUGCAUAAACUAAACUAUUAUAAUAAUUUUUGAAUGCUAGUGAUUUUAAUAAAAGUGCAGAACACGUAUAAGCAGCGAUACCAACAGCGAAAGUGUUGUAAUGUUCUUUAUCUUUUUGUUUCUCAUGUAACCAUGGCAUACGUAAAUCAAUAUAUAUAUAUAUAUAUGUAUAUGUAAUAUAUUUUUUAUAUUUUUAGCAUACAUAGUAACAAAAACAUAGAUAGAAAAUUUACAUGGGCUCUAAGAAGCCCCCCUGCGUUGCUGAAUAUAAAUUUAUCAAAGCAUUACAUCGAGAUGUAUGCACAUAAAAGUAUUGGAUUAAAUUAAUCAUCUUUCAUUAUUGUUUGAUGUAUUUAAAUGA